AAUGUACAUGGUCACAUGUACUAUGGCCUCUGUAGUGUCUCAUUCAAGUACAUCCCACACAGCGGAGACUCACGGCGGCAAUGGAUUUUGCUUUCAUCGACAAAAAAGCCCGGGGGACAACUUUUGGUUGGAGUAUUGUCCGGGACUCUCUCUCUUUCCCCCCAAGUGAGCGACAGCACUCUUUCACUUUUGCCCUCGGCCCGUUUCUAUCUUUACCUCUGGAAGGGAGACAGUAGAGAGGGUGCAUUUCCAGAAACAAGUUUUUCCACAGCUGCCCCUUUAUCUCAGCUCAAGAUGUACAGCUUCAUGGGAGGGGGCCUGUUCUGUGCCAUAGUGGGCAAUAUCUUGUUAGUGGUCUCCACUGCAACUGACUACUGGAUGCAGUACCGUCUCUCUGGAAACUAUGCCCACCAGGGUCUGUGGAGGUACUGCAUGUCCAACAAGUGCUACAUGCAGACGGACAGCAUAGCUUACUGGAAUGCCACCAGGGCCUUCAUGAUCCUGUCGGGGAUGUCGUGCUUCGCAGGCAUCAUUGCUGGCAUCAUGUCCUUUUCCCACUUCUCCUCCUUUGAAAGGUUCAACCGCUCCUUUGCUGCAGGAAUCAUGUUUUUCGUCUCCACUUUCUUUGUUCUGCUGGGUAUGGCCAUCUACACCGGAGUGACAAUCAACUUCCUGGGAAGGCGCUUCGGUGACUGGCGCUUCUCCUGGUCCUACAUACUGGGCUGGGUGGCCAUGCUCAUGAACUUCUUUGCAGGUAUUUUCUACAUAUGCGCCUACAGAAUGUGUGAAUGCAGGAGAGGAACCGGCCCACGCUAGAGGGACACGGACAGCUUGUUGGGGAAAAUCAGAGGACAAUGAGCCUUUGAGCAGAAGACGAGCAGAAUGCACCAAGGCAGCUCUGACUGAUCUACUGAAGAGAUGACGUCUGAAGGCUAUACUGGAAGUCUCUGAUGGUCUGCUUGACAUGUUUUUUAAAAGUCACUGAAAUAUGGAUAUUGGUUUCUUUUUUUUAGGACUAGUCGUGAUCAUAGCACAGAGGGAAAAUAAAAUGAAUAAAACCAA